AUGCCUAAAAGAAAGGCUGUUGUGGAGGCCGACCCCACUGAGAUCCCCUCCAAACGUGUCACUCGGGCAUCGACUCAGAACCUUGCCCACAUCGAAAACGACGAACCGCGUCGUCAGACCCGCUCUCAAGCCCAAGGACCGCCUUCCAAACCGGACAAAUUGGGUGCCCUUCGCAGUACUUCAACACCGAACUCGCUACGCGCUCCAGCCGUAUAUAAUGACGAUCACCCAUCCUUGAGCUCGCCAACAAAGAAACCUCGCGGACGACCUUCCACCCAAACCCGUUCUUUGCCAAGGAAAGCUGCUGCACCCCCACCAACAGAUGAUGCAAGCGAAUCCGGUGACUCAGACGAACUGAAUCUAAGAGCUUCUCCUUUCAAACAGAAGCCACCGGCCACACCACCCCCCGUGGCUAACUCCAAGCGACGAACCUUUGAUGCAGUGGUAAUCUCGUCCCCGAAUCCCAAGAAGUCAACCCCUUCAACCCCUUCUCGAGGUGAAUCUUUACUACGUGGUAGCAAUCAAUCACCUUCGCCCUCAUCGCCAGUACCUCUUGCCUCUCCUUCUACGAGAACUCUCAGAUCACAGAAAGCUUCCCCGGGGAGGAGAAUAGCGGUGUCUCAGAAACAAACGGGUGAGACUCGUGGAGACGAUCUUGGGGAUUAUGUUAUUCCCACCAACCUGGAAGAGGCAGAAGGCCCCGGCAAUCCAGUGGAAGCUGAAUCACCUCGAGCACCGCCAAUUUCUCUUCCGUCCGAAUUACCUCAUCACCUUCGCCCCUGGCUACGGAACCAGAAGCGCGCGAUCCUAGCCUCUCUUUCCAGUACUCAGGAUACUGACGGAGGCACUGUCGAAGAUGUCGCCUCAGCUAAUGCCUCAGCAUAUAAGCAGCUUCGCGCGUUGUUAGACGGUACUGUUUUGCGAGGCGAAGGGAAUAGCUGUCUGGUGUUUGGACCACGAGGGAGUGGUAAGACACAACUUGUUGAGAAAGCGCUCAAUGCAUGCAGUUCUAAACCCAUCAUAAUCCGACUCUCUGGACACGUCCAUUACAAUGGACGUCUAGCGCUCCGUGAAAUUGCUCGACAGCUCCAACAACAGACAGGGGAUCCCUAUCCUUCGGAGGUGAAUGGAAGUGACGAGACAAACGAUAACGAUAACGCUCUCGACUCCGAAAUCAUGAUCCCUGUCUCUUCGCGGCUUCCGGCAUUGAUUUCUACCUUGCUAACUCUUUCGCGCCCCUCAAUACUGAUACUGGAUGCUUUUGACUUGUUUACCACCCAUGCCAGGCAAUCUUUAUUGUACUGCUUGCUUGACACAGCUCAAAGUUGUCGAGUUGGACAAGGGAACAGGGGUAUCGCCGUCGUUGGUGUCGUUAGCCGCAUUGGCACGAUCGAGCUUCUAGAGAAGCGCGUCAAAAGUCGGUUUUCGGGCCGUCUAAUACACGUCCAGCUCCCACUAGGCGUAAAGCAGUGGGUAAACAUCGCGCGUACGUGGCUCAACAGGUCAAUCCCGACGCCAAUUCCUCCGCCUAGCAAAGAAUGGUCGACUAUGUGGUCACUAGCUAUCAGCAAAUUCUUAGACGACCGAGGUGUCGCCGAGAAAUUGGUCGAGACUUACGCUCUGACAAGAGAUGUUAGAAUGUUAUCGCAAAUCAUCACCUCUGUCGUAUUGCAACUCACGCCCAACUCGCCGUUUCCGACGUCUUCGCACCUCGUGUCCGCGAUAAACGGCCAACGUACUCGUGUUCUGUUUCCAUACCUGCACGAAUUAGAAUAUCCCGCGUUAUGUCUCGUGGUGGCGGCAUCGCACUUGCACACGGCGGGACACGAUUCGGCGAACUUUGAAAUGCUUUAUGAUGAGUAUCAAAAACAGUACAAGACAUCAUCAAGUGCUCCCGUCCAGCUACAGGGUAACAGCAUCAAAAUCACGCGCUGUACCCGCGAGAUUCUCAUGACUGCCUUGGAGCAUCUCAUCGAGAUACGAAUUUUUGUCGGCGUGGCACCAGCAUCAGCUAAGGUGACUCCGGAACAUGUGCGGUACAAGUGCCUAGUGGAACGGGAGGACAUCAAGAAAGCGAUUGACACGAGAGGCCACACGGACAUUAAGAAGUGGUUCACUAAAUCUUGA